GCCUGGUUAUCGCCCGUCCAGCGCAGCCCGGAGUCGCCCAGACCUGAACUCCUACCGAGGUCCCCGGCCUGGCCCCAGCAGGCUCGACCCCGGCCCCGGGCCCGCGAGGACACCGGAGGUCACCCCCCGGGGGUGGGAGCGGAGCCGCGGGUCAGCUCUGCGAGCGCCCGCGCUGGCCUGUCCGGCCCCGCCCCUGCCCCGGGCCAUGGCCCAGUCCUUGUCCCGGUCCCUUUUCCUAUCCCGAUUCGGGCCUUGGCCCCCGACCCCGCCCUCGCCCCGCUUUCCACAUAGGUUCCAGCUACGGCCUGGGUCCCAGCGAAUGCCCAGAUCCGGGUCCCAGCUCAGGCCCCCACUCCAGUCCCUGGCCUGGCCCCCAUCCCAGCGCCUGCCCCUGUUUCACCUCCUUUCCCAAAUCCCAGCCCAGCCCUUGUCCCAGACCCAUUCUCAAAAUUUGCUUAAGCCCGGGGCCCAACCCUUGCCCCUCGUCCAGUCCCCAUCACAGUCCCUCCUUCCAUCACAUCCCCUACCCUUGCAUAAGUCCCAGUGCCCAGCCCAGCCCAACUCUUUAUCCCAGUCUUUGCCCUCAUCUCUGUGUUUACCCAGGUCUCUCCCACUACCCAGCCCUCUCUUUCAUACCCUGCCCCUCUCCCAGCCUCGACUCAGGUUUGGGCUCCAGCUGCCGUCAGCCUUACUGCUGCUGUUGCUGUUGUCUUUCCUUGGCCCAGGGGCUGGAGGCCUCUUCCUGACUGACUACUCCACCUGCUCACCCCGCAAGCUGAGUCCCUUCCGCUCCUUCGCCAGCACCGAGCUCUUCCACUUCCAUGUUCCCGAAGACACAUUCCUGGCUGUGUGGAACCUCAUCAUCUUCAAAGAGCAGGGGGGAACCUUUGGGGACCACUGCCCAGACCAAAGUGUGACUGUGUACUUCCGUUCUGGGGCACCCCCUGUCAUCAAUCCCCUGCACACACACUUCCCAGGGGACACGGCUGUGCCUGGGGUUUUCUCACUGACUCUCAGCUGGACACUGCCCAACCGCACCUCUGGCAUCUUUAACGUCAGCAGCCCCUUACCUGGGGACUGGUUCUUGGCUGCCCACCUGCCCCGGACCCACGGCCACAUCUCUGUCAAGGGUCUCCAGGAUGAGUGUCAGUACCUCCUUCAGCCGCAGCUGAUUGUCCGGCGUUUGUUGGACGUGGCUGUGCUGGUGCCUGGGCGACCCUCCGAGCAGACCCUCUCCCUCCACAAUCGCUCAGCCCUGUACAAGGUCUUUGUGCCCAGCUUCACUUACAGGGUUUCAGCGCAGCUGGUAUGCGUGGGGGGCCGUGGGGCAUCCGCCUGCCCCCUGACACUGCGCCUACGUCCCAAGGCCCCACCCCUGCACAACUCAAGCUCUGUGGCCUGUGGAGGUGCCUCGGUAUGCCAACUGGAGCUGGCACUGCCCCCCUGGGGGCACUGGGUCUACGUGCGUGUGGAGACACCAUCCCGGGGCCCUGUCAGGACCGUCUGCUUCCAGCUGUGCGUGCGGUUGCAAGGUCAGAAGCCCCACACCGGCUCCAGCCACCCAGCUUGUGUCGACUUCUGUGGCUGGGAGGAGGCAGGCACAGUGGCUGUGUUCAUUGGUCCUCGGCCACGUCCCUACGACCUCCCCGGCCCAGCCCAGGCUCCUUUACUCGCCAAAGCCCUCCCACUUGGAGCUUCAAGUCAUUGGAAGACCUUCAGAUCUCUUCUUGAGUGCCCACAGCCCAGCCUGUCCCGUGCCCUGGUCCCCGGAGCUGCCAUGAACAUGCCCCAGUCACUGGGCAACCAGCCACUGCCCCCAGAGCUGUCAUCCCUCGGGGCCCCUGCCGAGGGGCCCGGGGCCACAUCCCCACCUGAGCACUGCUGGCCAGUGCGCCCGACGCUGCGCAAUGAGCUGGACACCUUCUCCGUCCACUUCUACGUCUUCUUUGGCCCCAGCGUGGCCCUCCCCCCUGAACGCCCAGCCGUGUUUGCCCUGAGGCUGCUGCCAGUGCUGGACAGCGGAGGCGUCCUCAGCCUGGAGCUCCAGCUCAACGUGAGCUCCCUGCGCCAGGAAAAUGUGACAGUGUUCGGAUGCCUGACCCACGAGGUGCCCUUGAGCCUGGGGGAUGCAGCAAUGACUUGUUCCAAAGAGUCCCUGGCCGGCUUCCUCCUCACGGUCAGUGCCACCUCCCGAGUGGCCAGGCUGCGAAUCCCGUUCCCGCAGACGGGCACCUGGUUCCUGACCCUGCGCUCCCUGUGCGGGGUGGGGCCUCGGUUCGUGAGGUGUCGGAACGCGACGGCCGAGGUGCGGUUGCGCACUUUCCUUUCCCCGUGCGUGGACGACUGCGGGCCCUACGGCCAGUGCAAGCUGCUGCGCACGCACAACUACCUGUACGCGGCCUGCGAGUGCAAGGCCGGAUGGCGGGGAUGGGGCUGCACCGACAGUGCGGAUGCGCUCACCUACGGAUUCCAGCUUCUGUCCACGUUACUGCUCUGCCUGAGCAACCUCAUGUUUUUGCCCCCCGUGGUCCUGGCCAUUCGGAGCCGAUAUGUGCUGGAAGCGGCUGUCUACACCUUCACCAUGUUCUUCUCCACGUUCUACCAUGCCUGUGACCAGCCAGGCAUUGUGGUUUUCUGCAUCAUGGACUACGACGUGCUGCAGUUCUGUGACUUCCUGGGCUCUUUAAUGUCCGUGUGGGUCACUGUCAUUGCCAUGGCUCGCUUACAGCCUGUGGUCAAGCAGGUGCUGUACUUGCUGGGGGCUAUGCUGCUGUCCAUGGCUCUGCAGCUUGACCGGCAUGGACUCUGGAACCUGCUUGGACCCAGUCUCUUUGCCCUGGGGAUCUUGGCCACAGCCUGGACAGUACGCAGCGUCCGCCGCCGGCACUGCUACCCGCCCACGUGGCGCCGCUGGCUUUUCUACCUGUGCCCAGGCAGCCUUAUCGCGGGCAGUGCCAUCCUGCUCUAUGCUUUUGUGGAGACCCGAGACAACUACUUCUACAUUCACAGCAUUUGGCAUAUGCUCAUCGCUGGCAGUGUGGGCUUCUUGCUGCCCCCUCGUGCCAAGACUGACCGCCAGGUCCCAUCUGGAGCCCGGGCCCGGGGCUGUGGUUACCAGCUGUGCAUCAAUGAGCAGGAGGAGCUGGGCCUUGUGGGCCCGGGAGGGGCCACUGUUAGCAGCAUCUGUGCCAGCUGAGAGGGGCUUUGGGCUGCCCUUGGGGAACAUGAACUCUUCCCCGGGGCAGAGAGCCCUACCUUGGGUUCUUCCUGGGAGCAUGGAGUCC